AUGUCAGGUGGGGUUGGUCCAACUUACAGUGACAUUAGCCUCCCAAAAGAACAAGAACAUGAACUCAAACAAAGCCAAGACCCAACUUCUUCAAAGCUCAAGAAAGCUGGGGUCCUUUCCUUUUGGCAGAUCAAUGCCCUGGCAGUCAUCAUAGUCCUAUCAGCCAGUGGCAUGGUAAGCCCUGGAGACUUUGCUUUCGUUCUCUUUUCCUUCAUCUACAUCUACUUCCUCUCAAAAUUUGCUUUUCCCACCCUCCCUUCCUCUAAAGAUCCCCAAGCCUUUAAUCCCCAAAACAAGUUUCUGCGCCUCUAUGCUCUCUUGGGUGUCAUCAUAGGCCUUGUUCUCCCAAUAGCAUAUAUCUUUGAGGGCAUUAUGGAAGGUGACAAACAAGGAAUUAAAGCAGCUACUCCUCAUGUUUUUCUUCUUGCCAGUCAAGUCUUCAUGGAUGGAGUGGUUUUCAGUGACAGGUUUUCGACUCCCAUACGCGUUUUCGUGCCCGUUUUCUAUAAUUCCAAGAGGAUUUUUACCCUUGUGGAGUGGCUUAAAAAUGAGUUCUCUAAAGAAGAAGUGUAUGGUGCAUCUGCAAGGAGACUUUACCUGGGGAGAAUGCUUGCUGUUGCUAAUUUGGCCUUUUGGUCCUCGAAUCUUUUCGGGUUCUUGUUGCUUGUCCAUCUUCCAGCAGCUUUCAAGAAAUAUUACUCUGCCCACAAGGAAAGCAAAGAUUGA